CUUCACAGCCCAACUCUCACAUCCAUACAUGACCACAGGAAAAACCAUAGCCUUGACUAGACGGACCUUUGUUGGCAAAGUAAUGUCUCUGCUUUUGAAUAUGCUAUCUACAGAUAGUAAUCCUCAAACAUCUGAGUGCAUUCUCUUCAAGAAGGGACGCCCCACCUCAGUCUCUGGACUUAGGUUGUUAUUUUAGCAAAUCUCACAGUGUAGCUUCGCCUUUUCUCCUGGACGUCAGGGAUAAUUCAAUCGGGACCUUGGUUCGUGUAUCUGUGGGAAAUACAUUACCCAGGCGGCUGUGCGAUGGGUGGCUUCGACGAUCAGCCAAUUAAGACAAAGAGAAGCCGCAUUUUCCUGUGAGGCAAUAAUGUCUGGGCGGGACUUCCGGCUGCGACGCUAUGAGCGUCAUUUUGAAAGUGCUAGAGCUUUUUCAUAAUUCAAGCGCUUCGGUUACUCGUGCUGGGAAGCGGGGAUGAGACUGAGAAGGUACCCGCUGCAGAGAGGCGGGCGUGAGGCUCGGUAACGCGGCCCAGGGUGCGCCGCGCUAAGACCCGGAGGGGCCGCGCCGGGCGGGGUACUCCAGCUGCUCCCGGCCCCGCUCCGCCCACAGAGUCCGAUGGCGGCGGCGGCGGCGCUGAGGGGCCCGCCUCAGGGUGGUGUGACCUUUGAGGACGUUGCCCUGUCCUUUAGUUGGAAGGAAUGGAAGCUCCUUGAUGCGGCUCAGAGACGCCUGUACCAUGAUGUGAUGCUGGAGAAUUAUGCACUUAUAUCCUCACUGGGCUUCUGGAGUGGAGAGGAGAAAGCUGAGACUUCCUUUGAACAGAGUGUUUCUGUGGCAGUGUCACAGGCCAGGACUUCCAAGGAACCUUCCUCUUCUCAGAAGACUCACCCCUGUGAAGUGUGUGGUCCAGUCUUGAGAGGCAUUUUCCAUUUGGCUGAGCAGCAGGGAACACAACACAGCAAGAAAUUACUGAAGUGUAGGGCAUGUGCAAAAGGAUUUUCUUUCAGUACAGACCUUCAGCAGCACCAGGAGCAGCACAAGCAAGAAAAACCACCCAUAAUCAGCGUGGACAGGUCUUCAUUUGUGAAGAGCUCCAAUUUCCUUGUGUCAGGAGAGCCUCUAACCAGCAAGGAAGUUGGGGAUGACUUCAGAAGCACCUCAGAACAUCUGAAGCAACAGGCCAGUCACACUAGGGAGAAGCCAAAUACAGUCACCCACUGCAUGGAAAAUUUACAAAGCAAAAAAAGUCAUUGUACCAGGGGAGAAUGCAAGAAAGCCAUCAGUCCCAAACACACACUUGUUCAGGACCACAGUGCCUGCCCUGAAAGACAACGUUUUGUGUGCAGUAAAUGUGGGAAAAAAUUCAAGUAUAAAUCCUCAUUUAUUGUGCACCAGAAAGCCCACACUGGUGACAGGCUUUAUGAGUGUGGUGACUGUGGAAAAUCUUUCAGAGGAAGCUCAGCCCUCAUUCAACAUCGAAGAAUUCAUACUGGGGCAAGGCAGUACAAGUGCAGCAAAUGUGGGAAAUCCUUUAGCCAAGAAUUUGUCCUCAUUUAUCCUCAGAGGAGUAACACUGGAGAAAAUUGCCAUGUGUGCUAUCAUUGUGCACAGUCUUCUGGCCAUAGCUCCAUCUUUAUUCAACAACGGACAGUUCACACUGGAGAAAUCAGUUAUGAAUGCACUGAGUGUAAGAAGUCCUUUAAACGAAAAUCUGAUGUAAUUGAACACUGGAGGGUUCAUACAGGAGAAAGGCCUUAUGAGUGCAAUGAAUGUGGGAAAUCUUUUACUUCUAACUCUGCCCUCCAUUAUCAUCAGAGAGUUCACACUGGAGAAAAGACUCAUAAAUGUGGGGAAUGUGGAAAGUCUUUUACCUCUAGCUCUGGCCUGCGUUAUCAUCAGAGAAUUCACACAGGAGAAAGGCCAUAUGAGUGUACUGAUUGUGGGAAGUCUUUUACCCAAAUAAAUCACCUCAUUAUACACCGAAGAAUUCACACAGGAGAAAGGCCUUAUGAGUGCAGUGAAUGUGGGAAAUCCUUUAGCCAUAAAUCUUACCUGUCUCAACACCAGAGAGUUCACACUGGAGAAAGGCCUUUUGAAUGUAAUGAAUGUGGAAAAUCUUUUACCUCUGGUUCUGCCCUCUGUUAUCAUCAGAGAGUUCACACAGGAGAAAAACCUUAUGAGUGCACUGACUGUGGGAAAUCCUUUACCAAUGGACCAAUACUCAUCCGACACCGUAGAGUUCACACAGGAGAAAGGCCUUAUGAGUGCAAUGAGUGUGGGAAAUCCUUUACCCAAAGAAAUCAUCUCAACAUACACCAGAGAGUUCACACAGGAGAAAGGCCUUAUGAGUGCAGCGAAUGUGGAAAAUGUUUUACCUCUGGCUCUGCCCUUCGUUAUCAUCAGAAAAUUCACAUUGGAGAAAGGCCUUAUGAGUGCAGUGAAUGUGAGAAGUCUUUUACCUCUAACUCUGCCCUCCGUUGUCAUCAGAGAGUUCACACAGGAGAAAGGCCUUUUGACUGCAGUGAAUGUGGGAAAUCUUUUAGGGAUAGUUCCCAGUUGAAUCAACACCAGAGGGUUCACACUGGAGAAAAGCCUUAUGAAUGUACGGAUUGUGGGAGAUCCUUUAGCCAGAAUUCAUACCUCUCUAAACACCGGAGAGUUCACACUGGAGAAAGGCCUUAUGAGUGCAGUGAAUGUGAGAAGUCUUUUACUUCUGUCUCUGCCCUUGGCUAUCAUCAGAGAGUUCACACUGGAGAACGGCCUUAUAAGUGCAGUGACUGUGGGAAAUCUUUUACCAAUAGCUCGAUACUCGUUCGACAUCGGAGAGUUCACACAGGAGAAAGGCCUCAUGAAUGUAGUGACUGUGGGAAAUCCUUUACCCAAAGAAUUCACCUCAUUAUUCACCGUCGAGUUCACACAGGAGAAAGGCCUUAUGAAUGCAGUGAAUGUGGGAAAUCUUUCACCUCUCGUUCCACCCUUCAUUAUCAUCAGAGAGUUCACACAGGAGAAAAGCCGUAUGACUGCCUCAAAUGUGGGAAGUCUUUUAGCCGAAAAUCUAACCUCUCUCAGCAUCAGAGAAUUCACACUGGAAAAAGGCCUUAGAUGUAUAAGAAAUAUAUAGUUUCAUUGUUCAGUGUAAUGACACUGGACCAAACUGUGAGACACUAAUUGCCUCAUAAAUCCAAACACCAAGAGUAAAGAGAAUCUUCAUCAUAAUUUCACUUAUAUGGGAAGCACAUGUAACUGUGUUGCACACUAAUCUGCUCUUGAUAGAUUUACAUCACUUCCAGUGUCUGUCACGAUAUCCAUUUCACCUCUAACCUGGCAGGUCUCCAUAGUAUGCAUCAGUCACUACCCCAGCACGCUCAGGGAAGCGUACUCUGUUCUCUGAUUUGUUGAAGGAAAUUAGGAUUAGCCUAAAAAAACCCUUGGAAUGUCUUCAUUCCCUUUCUGAGCAGCUUGUGCAUGGCCCUGAUGCAGUAUCGGCCCAGAGAACAUCAAGAGUUCAUCUGGCAGCUUGCAGAGAAGGACCUCCAUUUUCAGGGACAUGAUGUUCUGAAUAUACUAGUGAUGAAUUUUUCUAGCUUCUGAGUCACCAAUUAAGAAUUGCCAGCCACUGCUGGCAGAUCUGCCUGACCAUUGCUUUGGUUUCUACAAUAACAAAUACUUUACUGUUUAAGUCCUCCUUAAUCUUGGAUGUUCCAUUUACCAUGUCAUCUGUUUUAUAAACAGAAUUGGGCUGUACAAGCAUGAAGAGGUGUGCAACCUUCAUGGGCAUAUCAAAUUUUCUGUGCAUCAGAGUAGAUUACAGAGGCAGAAAUUAGCUUACUAUUUUUUGCCAAAUUUGCAUUUCUGCCCACAGUCUCCUGUGAAAGACUGCAGGACUUUCUUGUCCUCAUUUCAGGCCUGGAUGCUAUGAUGAGUUUCAGGAGACUUAGAUCACACUGAGGAGGGGUCAUCUGUGACAACAUAACUGCUUCUGGCAGCAGCAUAAAUAUUUUCCCUUGUUCACAGGGGAUGUCAGCAGAGCUGAGGGGAAUUUCUUCCCCAGGUCCUACCAAGAGUGAGGCAGGCAAAAAAGAAUAAAUAUAGAAAAAAGGAGAAUCUCAUCCACAAAUGUAUUUGUGACCCAGGCCACUUUCCUAUUGACUCAGGUGGAAGGUCAUUCAUUGCACAAUCUAUUUGCUGUCUUUGAGGUAAAACUGAUCCACAAAGGGCCUGAGAAAGUGGAAUGAAUAUAGGAUUGCCAAACCUACUUUCCAGAAAGUUGGACAUAGACGUUUGUUUUUUAUUGUUGUUGAUUUUAAUCGUGAGCCAUUUCAAAAGCUAUUUCUGACAUAUGUAUGGAAGUAAAACCAUCAUCAUAGUCCUGGUAAUGACUAUGUUACUGUAUAUUUAUCUCAUGACCUUUUAUACUCUCUUUCCUUGCCCUUCACAAGCCUCCAUGUAACCAUUGAUUUAUGUUCCAUUAUAAUAGAUAACUUUUGCAUUUUCUAGAAUUCAUAUGAUGGGAAUUUACUCUUUCUCCUGCUUUUAUUUAAGUUGCCUAAAUACUUGAAGAGUCAACAAUAAUGUAUGAGCAGCUCAUACUUUUUUUUUUCUAAAAAAUAUUCUUGUUUUUGAAUAUACCACUAUUAUCCUUUCUUUUGUUUAUGAACAUUUGAAGUUUUUCUAAUUUUUGACUAUUGAAAAAGAAAGCUGGUAAAACAUUUGUGUAUAAUUCUUUAUGUGGGUAUAUGUUUCAUUUAUCUUUACUUCAAUAACUCACAGUGCAAAGUGUGAAUGAUAAGAUAGGUGGGUGUUAAACAAAUUAUCAAAUUUUGAUCUGAACUAAUUAUACCUUUUCUUCUGUUUUUGGUCACAUUGUAUGGCUGUGGGAUCGUAAUUUCCCAAUCAGGGAUUGAACCUGGUCCCUGAGCAGUGAUCACCUGGAGUCCUAACCACUGGACUGCCUGGGAAUUUUUGUGUUUUUCAUUCUUAGCAGCAGUGUUUGAAAGGUCCAUUUCCUCUUGUAUCCUAGUGAAUACUUCAUUUGGUCAGUCUUUUUUUUUUUUCCUCUUAAGGAAGCUGUCACUUUAAUAUAUUAUACAUAUAUAUAUAUAUAUAUAUCUUUCUCCAUAAAUGGGGUAGAGGAUAACCUUCCAGGAUAUUAGUGAUUUUAUUAGGAAUAUGUUUAUCUUUAUUUUUUUAAUUGUUAUUUUUCUUCUGAUCAGUUAUUCUUAAUUUUAACCCUUUUGGUAAGUUUGUCAUACUAUCACACUGUUGUUUUGUUUGCAUUUCGCUAAGGAUUCAUGAUCAUUUUUCAGAUAUGUAUUUGCUAUCUCUAUAUCUUUAGUGGAAUGUUCAUAUUUGCCGCCUAGUCUAUGAGUUUUGGCUAUUUCCUUCCUUUCACAAAAGAACAGUGAAACAGCCAAGUCAUACUGGAAUUUCACUCAUUUUGUGACUUUUUAAUUUAUGGAGUAUUUUAAUAAUGGAAUAAUGUGUUCUAAUUUUUUCAGUUUUUCUAUGCUAUGUGCACUGUAACGGACACGUAUAUCAUUCACUUUUAAUCUGUGUUACUAAUGUACUCUCCAUCACUUUCUAAAGUCCAAGCAUUUAAUAAAACCACAAACCCUUGCUUAA